ACAAGAAUUUGUGGGAGCUCACCUCUAAAACAAAAGAGUAUCAAUGAAAGUUUUGCUUCGGUUCAAAGUUUGAUGGAAAAUCAUUUUAAUUUCGUUUGGCAUUCGCGAGGCGUUCGUUCGAAGCUAAGUGCAUUAAAUGGCGAGGCAAUUACGCUGUCGGAGUAGCAUUACCAAAUGCGAAGCAACCAGUCGGGUGGUGCAUGAGUGACAGUGAAAAAGAAGUGGCCAAAGUGAUUCAUCGAGAUCAAAAUAUUGUGCGCGGAGGAAACUCGAAAACAAACAUUGCAUUGUAGUUUAAAAGGAAGGAAAGCAACAUAAAGACCGAAACGGGGACAUGUACUGCUUGCAAUGUUUGAUUCCGGUGCUGUUGAUUCCGAAACCGACGAACCCGGCCCUGAUGCAGACGCAUGUUAUGUUCAUAGUGCUCUACCUGAUCGGAUUCUUCCUGGAGCGUAAACCGUGCACGAUCUGCAGUUUGGUGUUUUUGGCGGCGGUGUUCCUGAUCUGCAACAGCGGUGUCGGGAAUUGCCUGUUCUGGGGCAACUGCGAGGGGCAUGCAUGCGACAAUGGCUAGUGACAGAGCAGUAGAACCUAGAAGAAGCAUUGCUGAUGGUGCGCUUGGUUCCAAAGGUCACACCCUCUACAAGCAAUCAUAAUCCUCUGAUUUUUUAAUGGAAAACUGUUGAAAACUAUAAUGUAAGUGUUUGUCCUAAUUUUAAACUAUGAUAAUAACAAAAUGAUACAUAUGUAUGUGAAUCGAAUACAAAACGAAAUCGAAGUGAGAAAUUUCAUCAACCAAAGUGUGUAUAUUCUAGUUUCAAUUUUGUAGAACUUCGUCGCAAGCAUAAAAAAGGUGAAUCAAACGUGUUAACAAAAGCCAUUGCAAGGAGAAACCAUUUGGGUCUCUAACUUGUAGUGAAUAGGUAAACGAGUUCGAGUAGUACCAAUAUAUGUUCUACACACUGACUCAGUAGAAAAAGAAAAAAAAAACAGGUAGUGAGGAGUAAUAAUCACAAUCAAAAAUAUCAACAACGCUACCGCAGGAGAAGCGAGACGUACGAUGUGCGCAGAGCUACGGAUUUGUCUUUAAACUUUAUCUAUAUUAAUACCGUAGAAAGCCACCCGUUUAGAUCGUUCUCGUUGCGUGAAUUAGUCAGUACCAAGAAGAGAGUGAAACUGAUUUUUCUAAGCUAAUCAAAACCCAUUGGUGCCGAAGUAGUCUGAAGUCUCGCGAAAGCUCCUGACUGACCUACCUUAAUAAAAGCGAAUCGAUGGAACACAACAACAAGCAGACCGGUUUGAUAUAUUCUCUCUCACACUCUCCUCUCGCCCACUUCCCCAUUGGAGAUAAAACAUAACAAAAGAGCGAAAAGAAUGAUAGGUACGUGCAAACACGGAAAACCCCGUUUUCAAUGCAUAGUGUAAAUAUUACUGCACAUAAUCUUGUACUAUUUAUUUUUGUAUUAACUUUGACCCUUAGGUUAGCGUGUUGAACAAUUUGAAAACAAAAA